AUGACAGGUACUAUUGAAUGCAUUUCCAUCGGACUUAUCUCUUUGCUUUUUAUAAAAAUUUAUGCAUUAUUUUACAAAACCCAAAAUGAAAGAGAAAAUGUGGAGGGAAAACAAGAUGCUGGCCGUACGGGAGCUACUGGUGGUUGUUCCAGCUCGGAGUCAAACGUGAAAGUCGAUAUCAUAUGCGACAUAACGAACAAUUUCGGAAGGCAUUAUGUGAAAGAAGUUAUUAGAAGGAAAAACGUCAUAGGCAUAAUUCCUGUAUACAAAAAUUACAAUAAGGAAUAUCUGGACAUUUCCAAAUUUAACAGUUUUAUGGCCCAAUUGUUUAACUUCCUAAAUAUGCGAAAUGGGAAGUUAAUACUAGCUAAUGAAGAUAACUGUGUGAUAAACUUUCUGCAUAAAGAAUUAAAUAUGGAAGAAAAUGAUAACGAUGAGGAGGAAAUAUUGCUGGCCUCCUGUAUUAUCAUCAACGACAAGGUGUCUAUAAUUGUCUGCGUCAUUAAUUACGAAGCAGACAUGGAAAAACAACUCAACUUAUUCAUAGGGAAGAAAAAAAAAGACAUUUUUGUUAUUAUAAAUAAUUUAUUCUUAAGUAAUAAGAAUGACAUAGUAAAAGAGAAGAUAAAGAAUAAGAGUUGUAAAAAUGUAGAACUGCUUGACAGGAAAAGCUCAUUAACUCCAGGGACAGAAGAAGGUUGCGAAAUGACCAGUUUUUUUUCCUUCUUUGAUUUUUUCAACAUUAAGAAGGAAUUUUUAACCGAUUUUUAUUCCAUUAUACAAAUAAAUAUGAAAAAUUUUUGCUACUUUUACAAACGUUUGGGAAAUAAUUCAUUUUCGGAAACGUAUUUAAAUGGAUACAUGUAUGACAAUCUUGUCGACACCAAGAUUUAUAACUCCCUGAUGGACAUGUAUCACGAUUUAAUUUCAGAAGCCAUAAAAAAGGAUAAAAAAAAAAUCAACAUGAGGAAGUUUUACACCUUUUAUGGAGAAGAAUGCGAUUACAACAAAAUUGUAAAAUUUACCUUGAUGAAGUUGGAAAACAACAUGUUAUUAUUUUAUAUAUAUGACAUAUAUUCCUAUGUAUACUACCAGCUGAUUUUAUAUUUCUCGCAGAAGCAAUCCAUAUAG